CAGCGUGCUCUGCCCCGUAUGGUCCAUACCCCCUUUUUUUUCCCCCUUGUUUUUCCUCGCUUUCCGGCUGUGCUAUCAGACUGUGACAAAAAACCUGCAAAACCAGCCUGACCCCCUUGCAUCCAAGGGGUCGUGGCCCCCGUGAAACACUGUUACCCUUCCUGCUGGGAGGGAGAUGCUCCAGCCUGCUCCUCUGUGGACAUCCCCCUGAGGAGGGGACUCGGUCCUAGAGCAAGUGAUCUGGCAGGCGUGGGCUGACCCUUGUCUGCAGGACAGGCUGAGAGGAUGGGGGAUAUUUGGUUACUGAGGCUGCAGCCUCUCGGAGCACUUUCUCGAUGCCUCGAGCUGAGCGACGGUCAGAAAAAUCUGUCUUCUGUGUUGAAGGCACCUUCCUCUGCGCCGCAGCACCCAGGGUGCCUGAGCUGGGGGUGAGCGGCAGCAUCCCCCAGCCCACCAGGGCUGGACCAGUUUUCCUACCAGCAAGAUCUUCCAAAUCUUCUCUGGCUGUUCUAAGGGACAGAGCCCUGGGGAGGAGGGGUGGUAACAGUGGAGAUGGCUUGGGGGGGUCAGCAGCACUGUGUGUCUGCUGGCUGCAGCCGGGAGAUAACCCGCAGGGGAUGGGACAGCCCCCGCUGCCAGCCCAGGGCAGAGCCCCAGACCUCACCCGGAUCUGGGGGUUUCUCCAAGCCGCAGAGUUUCCUGGAGUAUCAGUUUUCUCCAGGCGUAUUGUGAAGGAUGUUGAAAUAGCGACAUAACUCUGCUAGGUGUGCAGCCGGUGUGCCGCAGCACGAGAGGCGCCGGGUACAUCAGGAAGUGGCUGAGAAGGAAUUGGGCAGGUUACAACUCGCCAGGUUGGACUCAGCCGCCCUCUCAUCCCCGACCAGCGUAGGGCUUAGUUCAUAUUUCCCCAGGCUUGCUGGAAUUAUUAAGCACCGUGGUUUUGAGGGGAGCUGAAAAGUCCCUCUUGGAGCAGUGAGCAUUCUCCAGCAUCUCAGCACCUUGCGAGAUCAAGCUGGAGGCUGAUUUUUUUUUUGGCAUCUGCACAUUAAAACUAUUAAAACUAUUCCAGUAAUGUUGCUGGUUUCGGUCCCUGUCCAGGCAAGGAGCUCACUGCUCUGGUUCCCACUAACCCAGCAAGGAGCUGGCCUUGCACCAAAAGCCACUGGUCCCUGCACCACAAUUAAAACAUACCUUUGUAAUUCAUGGGAACGCUGCCCUUGCCAUCUCUUUGGCUCUGCAAAACCAAAAAUUAAGCCAGGCUUGUUCUCUUAAUCCUGCUCCGGGUGUGCAAGGCAUCAUUGUACCCACAGGAAGGAGAGUCCCUCAGAGCCAUGAAUAGGGUCUUACAAAAGACCAUGCUCAUUAGGGAAUAGAAGCCUGAUAAAGGGGCAAUUAGCAAUUUUCUGUGUUCAGUGGAAACUGGUACAUAUAAUAGCAACAUUUGAGAUGCGUAAAGCUCUGUUUCCCCCCACACACACCCUGAUCCUUCUCUUUCCUUGAGAAUUGUUCUUAUGAAUUGGAAAGGAUGUGAUAUUUGUGAGAAGCUGGGGAAAAAAAAAAAAAAAAAAAAGGAAAAAAACCCCUCUGCUCGGGGGCAGAUUGCUGCACAAAAGGCUGCGGAGUGCCAGGGCUGAGCUGGCUGCAGCAGCCUGGGGUUUGCAGCUCUGCCUUCUCUUUGGCUGAUGCAUGGAGGUGAUCUGACUGCUGUUUUCUCCUUCCCAAAUUGUUUUCCAGUUGCUUUCCUGUCAAAGCCUCAAGGCCUGGUUACUCCCAAGAAAAAAGGGAACGGGAAUAAAAGAAGAAAAGGCAAAGGCCUGGGGAAGAAGAGAGACCCGUGCCUGCGGAAGUACAAGGAUUUCUGUAUUCACGGCGAAUGCAAAUACAUCCGAGAGCUGGGAGCUCCCUCCUGCAUAUGCCAGCCAGGAUAUCAUGGAGAGAGAUGCCACGGCCUCUCGCUGCCUGUGGAGCACCCCCCCAGCACAUACGACCACACCACGGCACUGGCCGUCGUUGCUGUCGUCCUGUCCUCCCUGUGUCUUGUCAUCAUUGCAGCCCUGCUGAUGCUCAGGUGUCACAAGAGGGGUGUCUACGAUGUAGAAAACGAAGAGAAAAUCAAGCUGGGCAUCACUGUGAAUCACUGAGGAUGCCGGGUGCUGGCGAGGGGUCGGCACUAAAGCACUUCUACCUCCUGGAAGAGGCGAAAGCCGUGGAGCCAGCGCCGUCCCUGGGAGCCCACAGCAUGGUGGGAACUUGCUGGAGCAGCAGAACAGCACCCGCUUCGGGGCUGGUUGGGCAGCAGUGUCACUGCAGGGAGCUUUGUGGCCAUCUCCAGGAUGGAGGGGGCUCAGGAGAGGCCCUCGCUGACCAGGUGGCUGUGUGGAGGCAGGAGGGACUGGCCAGCCAGCGGCAGAGGGACUCUCCAGCAGCUCUCCGUCCACUGCGGUGCAUGCCAAGGAACAAACUGUGAAAGGCGAGGAGACCGGGCUUGGGGCUU